UGUUUUUGUCCGGAGGUUGCAGGGCUUGUUUCUGGCAUCAUGGCGCAAAGGGCCUUCCCGAAUCCUUAUGCCGAUUAUAACAAAUCCCUGGCCGAAGGCUACUUUGAUUCUGCUGGGAGGCUGACUACUGAGUUCUCACAACGCCUGAACAAUAAGAUUCGAGAGCUUCUUCAGCAAAUGGAGAGAGGCCUAAAGUCAGCAGACCCUCGGGACAGCACUGUUUACACUGGCUGGGCAGGUAUUGCUGUGCUUUACUUACACCUCUAUGAUGUGUUUGGGGACCCUAGCUACCUGCAGAAGGCACAUGACUAUGUAAAGCAAAGUCUGAACUGUUUGACCAAGCAUUCCAUCACCUUCCUUUGUGGGGAUGGGGGUCCCCUGGCAGUGGCUGCUGUGGUGCAUCACAAGAUGAACAAUGAGAAGCGGGCAGAAGACUACCUCACCCGGCUAAUUCACCUAAAUAAGAUUGAUCCCCAUGCUCCAAAUGAAAUGCUCUAUGGACGAAUGGGCUACAUCUGUGCUCUUCUCUUUGUGAAUAAGAACUUUGGAGUGGAAAAGAUUCCUCAAAGCCAUAUUCAGCAGAUUUGUGAAACAGUCUUAACCUCUGGAGAAGACCUAGCUAGAAAGAGAAACUUCACAGGAAAGACUCCACUGUUGUAUGAAUGGUACCAAGAAUAUUACGUGGGGGCCGCUCAUGGCCUGGCAGGAAUUUAUUACUACCUGAUGCAGCCCAGCCUUCAAGUCAGCCAUGGGAAGUUACAUAGUUUGGUCAAGCCCAGUGUAGACUAUGUCUGCCAGCUGAAAUUCCCUUCCGGCAAUUACCCUCCUUGUGUGGACGAUACUCGGGAUCUGCUAGUCCAUUGGUGCCACGGUUCUCCUGGGGUAAUCUACAUGCUCAUUCAGGCCUAUAAGGUGUUCAAAGAGGAACGGUAUCUCAAUGAUGCCUAUCAGUGUGCUGAUGUGAUCUGGCAGUAUGGCUUGCUGAAGAAGGGGUACGGGCUGUGCCACGGCGCCGCAGGGAAUGCCUACGCCUUCCUGUCGCUGUACAACCUCACGCAGGAUGCGAAGUACCUGUACAGGGCCUGCAAGUUCGCUGAAUGGUGCUUAGAUUAUGGAGAACAUGGAUGCAGAACACCAGACACCCCCUUCUCCCUCUUUGAAGGAAUGGCUGGAACAAUUUAUUUCUUGGCUGACCUCCUAGUGCCCACGAAAGCCAGGUUUCCUGCAUUUGAACUGUAA